AUGCUCUCAAAGCUACCCUCAAGCAUUCGUCCUAAUCUGAACCUCCAGUUCCGGCGUGCCCUUGAACCUCAUGGAGACAUGCGACGUGCCCGUCAAUUGUUCGAUGAAAUGCCCAAACCAGAUAUACGAUCGUGGACGCUCUUGAUCACCGCAUACACGAAGAGGGGUUGUCCAGAAGAAGCAUUGAAAGUCUACAACGAAUUGCGGCAGAGGAAAGUUCUUCCUGAUCAGUUAGCACUGUUAUCAGCAACCAAGACUUGUGCUACUUUGGGCAACCUUAUAAAGGCAAAAGGGAUUCAUCAAGAUGUAAUUAAAUAUGGAUAUCACUCCGAUUUGCUCCUUGGAAAUGCAUUGAUUGACAUGUAUGGCAAGUGUAAAUACAUUCGAGGUGCAAAAGAGGUUUUUGAUAAUUUAAGUGCUAAAGAUGUAAUCUCUUGGACGUCGAUGAGUUCGUGCUAUGUUAACUGUAAACUUCCAAGAGAGGCGCUAAGGAUAUUCCGUGAAAUGGGGUUAAAUAGGGUGAGGCCAAAUCCUGUUACAUUGUCUUCUAUACUUCCUGCCUGCUCGGAUUUGAAAAGUUUGAAUUUGGGUAGAGAGAUUCAUGGUUAUAUUAUUAGGAAUGGGAUACACGAUAAUGUGUAUGUUAGCAGUGCUCUUGUGGACAUGUAUGCUAGUUGUUCAAGUAUCAAACAAGCAGAGUCAGUAUUUGAUAGUACGCAUCAGUUUGACUAUGUUUUAUGCAAUGUCAUUAUGUCAGCAUAUUUUUCAAAUGGGAAAUGUGACAAAGCACUUCAUGUCUUUGAUCAAUUGAGAAAAAGAGGAACUAAACUGNGUUGA